AUGGAUCGUGAUCGUUCCGAGCCUGUGCACGAUCCCCGCAAACCGUCCUUCUGCUUUGGGCUGCUUUGCGUUGAUUCAAGCUUACAUGUAGACUCGGGAGGCUUGGCGCCGAUGCUUUGGGCGAGAGGAAACAAGCAUUAA